AUGCUUAAUCGCUUGUUGGAUCGACAUUCUGUUUACCCCCAGUUUGUUAGCGACUGCGGACACGCUUUUUCCACUGUUGACGCAACAAGUCUCGAGGACUGUCAGCCUCAAGUAAAUCUCCAUACCGCUUCUAUCAAGCCUACGGGAUCAGUUUCUGCCGGCGACAUCGCCUUCGUAGGCCCUCGCACGUACCCUCCCUCUUCAUACAUCCUCGUUACGAAAGUACACGGGAACACAGCCACCGUUAGUAAGAUAGGACCCGAAGACAACGAAGAGACUUCAAUUCUGCACCAUCGAAUUGUGAAUGCAGAAGAGGCUGAACUGUGGCCAGGCUCCUACGUGGGUCACCCCAUCGCUUUUGCCCAGUCCGGAGACGAAACCAGCAACCUCUGGGGGUACGGGCUAGUGGCGGGCUACAGCAUGGAAGACAACGGACCAGUGCUCCACGUUCGCCUCGACAAGCAAACUCAACGUAUCCCUCUUACUGACACGCAGAGUGUGAUAGCAGUGGAUCGCCUGAAUUAUGCUCUUCGAACUGGGGCAACGAUCAACUCGAUGACUCUAAACGCGUUAGAGCUACUGGACAAACAAAACGAGAUUAUAGUCGCAUGCGGAAAAAGUAGAACCGGCCUUCCAGCAUUAGUAUCGUCAACGAUGCUCAGUGUACCCUUCGUACCAGACGAAACGACCCCCCUCAUUCGACCAGAUACACUCGAGAUAGUAUCUGUCCGCCGCCAACAUAUUGUGGAUUGCGAGCUGGACCGACGAGGAAACAACGCAAUGGCCGUCUUCUCGAACCCCCAACUUGCCCAACUUCCUGCAACAGCUAUCUCAUCUAUGCUCCCUAACACUAACCGUAACGUUCUUCACGGUAACACUCUUGACUUGGCGUUUAGUGACUCAGAAGACGAAAUGAAGACGGACGUACCAUCGACAGUACAGGCCGACAUCGACCUCGUCCGACUGCAGAAUCACCCACUCCGCAAUCGCACCCGUGAGCCCGAGACGGAACGCGAUCUUCUGCUAUCGGAGGGCGACGUUCCAACUUUUCCAGCGGUCAAAGAAGCACAAUCGGCUUCAUUUCGGCCAUCGGCAAUGGAGAGAUUCGUACAUGACGCCGUGGUACACCCGUCUCUAAUCGGUAAGAACGCACGAGGUGUCCUCGAAUCUGUCCAGCAAGGAUCCCGAACUCAGUUCCUAGCCACUCCCCCCGUCCUCCGUCUUUCAUACGAUUUCAGCUUCGGUGUGCGGGGUCUAUCGGUUUUGCACUUCCGCCGAUUUCACCACGAAAUUGAUCAACAACCCAUGUCAAGCUCCGUCAAUAUGACAAACUUCAACCGCUCGAACGCGCUCCAGCCAGCCACCCCUCCUAAGACUAUAUCUGACAUCGUGGGAGCUUUACAAACACUGCUCCUGUUUGCAGAAGGAUUCUACAACAGCACGGUGUGUAACUUUAUCAAGGCAGGCUUAACAUUCAUGGAGCAGUUUGCAGUUUCGUCCCGGCCGGACGCCUCCAUCAGCAACUCGCUGGUUUCGUGGAUAGACUACAAGCUCGGCAAGUUCCGUGGCGAGAUCAUUGCGACCAACCUACAAACGGCAGCGCUAAUAGCCAACGAAUUUACCCGAAAUGACGACCGCCUCAUGGAGCGAGUACAAGCUCACCAUCAGCGUCAACUCACGACACUAGUGACAUCAAAGACAACGCGCGCACCUAAUGCACCUCGCGCCAACAUUUCUCGUGACAAACGCGCUCCGAAGCCUUCCACUGUCCCUCGGGACCUUGUAGCCCUGUUACCCAAACAGGGCAACAAAACGCUGUGCAUGAAGUAUCUGUCCAAGAAGGGUUGUAACGGACCGGCGCCAGGCCAAUGUUUUGGCCAUAACCAAGCACAAUUCAAGCCACUAGCGCUACCGGCAGAUGCCAAGACAUUCAUUGACAAAAACUUUUUCGGUCUAGCAUCAGAGUUUCAGGACUUGUGA